AUGGGCAGCGCGGGGAGUGGGAUGGCCACCUUGGACCCUCGGGGGUUGAACAGCCCUGGAGUUGUGCCGAAGUCACCAGGCGAGCAGUCAUUGGCGCCAAGCCUUUUCACCAGCUACUCGCAGGAUGAUAUGCUUGCGAAGCUAGAUGCCUCUAAGGCCCAAAGCCCUCGUAUUUCUGAAACCAACGAAGACUGUGAAACACCGAUAAAGCGUGUUACCUGCCUCCAGAGAAUCACAAGACAUGUCGGCUUUGACAUUUUCUUUGGUGUGGUGGUGGUGACCAAUGCAAUAUUCAUCGGAAUUGAUGUUCAGACCAAUGUUGGAAACGAGUCUACCGAGCGACCAGUUGGAAUUCUGGCAGUGCGGUACUUCUACACGGUGGCCUUUACCACUGAGAUCCUGUUGCGUUUGGCAGCUGAGGGUCGGAGGUUCCUAGGUUCGGAGCAGCGGAUGUGGAAUCUUUUUGACACCGUGAUCGUGAUGGCCGCAUGGUUGGAAGUUGGGAUUGACAUCGCUCGGAUUUUCUCAAACACUUCGGAUUUGGAGAGUAUUGAAGGCGUUUCUAGCCUGCGUGCCUUCCGCAUCCUCCGUCUUACAAGAAUCUUGAAGACGGCGCAAGUUAUUCGUGUCUUGCGAUUUGUCAUGGCCCUGAGAACGCUAGUGACCUCCAUUCUAUCCACGCUGAAAGCAUUAUUUUGGGCUUUGCUACUUUUGUUCUUGAUCAUCUACAUUUUUGCGCUUGUAUUUACACAGGCGAUGGAUGACGACCUUAAGGAUCAAGGGGCGGCCCAUCUCGAUGACCAGAGUUACAAGUAUUUCGGUUCGUUGUUCCAUAGCAUGCUGAGCCUUUUCAUGAGCAUUGCUGGAGGAGUAAGCUGGGAGGAUGUGAUCGAACCUUUGAUGCGAAUCUCACAUGUGCUGAAUGUUGUAACGGCAUCUUUUUGCCAAAGCGCUAUUGAGAGUGCCCAACAAGAUCACGCUACCGUGGUCCAAUCAAUGUUGGAAAACAAGGAAGCUCACCUGGAGAAGAUGCGAGCCGUUUUCAGUGAGAUUGCAAGCUCCGGAGACGGAGGCAUCACAUUUCCAAUGCUAGAAGAGAAAAUCCACUCACCCACUGUUCGUGGGUACCUGGAAACGCUUGGCUUAGAUGUGUGGGAUCCGUGGUCCUUCUUCAAACUGCUGGACACGGAUGGGGGUGGCUCGAUCGAAAUCGAAGAGUUCUUUAUGGGCUGCCUUAGGCUUGGAGGUGAUGCUAGGGCCAUGGACGUGGGCAAAGUUCUUCAGGACCAGCAGUGGCUCAUACGGAACCAAGGGAAAUUUCAGGCCUUUGUGGAAGGGACCUCUGAAGGAGCCCACGGCAUGCAGGAUCGGCAUGGAGCCGACCGGUCUGAUAUGACAACUUUGUUAACGCAGCAGCACCACGAGAUGAUGGAGGCACUUCGUAGUCAAGAUGUCAAAUUGAACCAACUGCUGGCAAGUCCGUCUAGGAGGUCAUCUUCAAUUAUAGAGGAUGUGGCUGUGGAUGGGCCUUUCAGCAGCAGCAGCAGCCAUUUGCUUCCAGCCUUACCGCAAUUAGAGGGAGCGGCGGUGAACAACAGCCCUGGAAGUUCUUCAAAGUCACCACAGAUGUUUCAAAGCUACACAUCCCACGAUCUCCGGUUGCGUGAGGAUGCGACCGAAGCUCAUAACAAGGAGGAGACUCGCAAGAGAGUGUCUGUCUACCACUAUGGUUACUCAGAGGAGCCAAAACUGUCACUUGUGAAAAGGAUUGCUGGAAGUCCUGCAUUUGAUGCCUUUUUUGCUGGAGUAGUGCUUGUCAACGCGAUUUUUAUUGGAAUUGAAGUGCAGUUCGAGGUCACGAAUCCAGAUUCUACUGUUGAAUCAGCGCUUCGAAUUUUCCAAUACAUGUUUGCAGGCCUAUUUAGUCUAGAGCUCCUGAUUCGGAUCAGUGCGGGCGGCAUUCGGAUCUUUUGCAGUGAAGACUGGUUUUGGAGCCUCUUGGAUUUGGGGAUUGUGCUUACAUCUGCUUGGGAAAUUGUGGUCCACAUAUUUGAAGGCCAACUUGAAGGGGCAGUGGGUGUCUCAAGCUUAAAGGCUCUCCGCAUCAUUCGUUUGACGCGCGUCUUCAAGACAGCGCAAGUCGACUUUGCGCGCGACUUCCUUUUCGUCAGUCGGAACCUCGCGUGUCCGCACUCCGUGCUACCACAACAUUUGCAUGGCAGCGGAGCUCUGAUCCAGCCGGAUCAUCUCCCGCAGCCGAAGCGCAUCAACAUCUACCGCCCCAAGAUGAAGAGUCUGCAGGGAGCACCACUCUCCUACAGUUUUGGUGACUUCAUCAGAGGGAGAUUGCUGGCGAAGGCCUGGAACUGCGUGUCGAUCAGAGCUCGCCCUGCAGAGAAUACUGCUUUGGAAAAGCAACGCAUCUCCACUUACAACAGGCGCACCAGCUUCGAAGAGUUUGGCGACAAACUAAGCUUCUUCUAUAGACCAAGAAAGCCACAGCAAUUUCUCACUUGGCGUAUGGCUUGGCCAACGCGCGAUAUGGGUCGUGCUCAACACCUUCGCCUCCUUCAAUGGUUGGCGCGUGUGCAGGAGACGCUCCUUGCGCAGAGGCCCUUCGGCCGCGGCAAGGGCCAGAGAGCCUACCUUGCCAAUGAAGGCCGGGAAGAUGAACAUGGCUUGUUUGAAGAGGAGAUUUACGACCCCUAUGAGUAUGACUACGACUACGUCGAGUCUUGGCAAGAUGAUGAAUCCACCUUCGACCAAGUUGAGGAGCAGGAGGGGGAAGAAGGCUCAGGACACAUUGCAGCAAAUUGCCCCAAGCUGCCCAAGACUUCAGUGUCUGAUCCCACGCCGCUUCCUGACAAUGCGCUGAGGACUGAAGAGCCCUACACCGUGAACUUGAUGACCUACAUGAAUGUUGAGGGGGAUUGGGACUUUGAUAUUGCGUCCCACCGACAAGCAUUGCUCUACAAGAAACGACAAGAGUUGCCAGAUGAGAUUCUCGCCCUCCUGGAUGCCAAAGCGCUUCUGAACAGGUGCUAUCGGGAGAUGAUGGAGCAUUUCCGACACUGCCCAAUCCGUGAUGAGAUCUUCAUGGCACACUGUGGACCAUGGCCUGCAUCGACGGUGCAGGCGGGAUUGGUGCCACCUACUUCUGAAGAAGAUGAUGAGGUCAUGCGAAUUUUCCGCUUCGUGAUCGCGCUGCGGACUUUGGUGCGGUCAAUCAUGCAUACGUUGAAAGCCCUGAUUUGGGCGAUGCUGCUGCUCACACUGAUUGUCUAUGUAUUUGCAGUAUUGUUCACCCAAAUCGUAGAUGGUGCAGAGAAGGAUUUGGGCGUUGAUGCCCCGGAAAUGGCAAAUUCUACGCGGUAUUUUGGGUCCUUGCCACAAACUAUGCUGAGCCUGUUCAUGAGCAUCACUGGUGGUGUCAGUUGGGAAGCGGUGAUCGAGCCAUUGACCUUCAUUUCCCCUGUGUGGAACGCUUUCAUCGUUGGAAUGAUUGGGGUCUUGCUGAUGGUCUUCAAGAAAAUAGUGCCAAAACUGUUGCUGUUGCCUUCGUCCGCUGCGCAGCUUGCCCAGUUGCGCUUGGCGCUGGCGCAGUUGGUGCCUUUUGCAGCAUGCAUUACGUUCUACGCAUUUGAGGAGAAAAUGCACGAUCCAGCAGUGCGCGAGUAUUUCGAAACUUUGGGCAUCAACGUGUAUGAUGCAUGGUCCUUUUUCAAGUUGCUGGAUGCAGAUGGCGGCGGGUUUGUGGAACCUGAGGAUGACCCGCAAGAGGACUAUACAACCUUCGCGGCCUUCGACGAGCAGCUAAAGUUGGGCACUCUCUCAGUUGAUGCGAAGCUCAGUCGAAAGAAAUUUGCCAAUGCGCGGGGGCAAUCAACUUUCACCAACGCUAGUCACCAACGGUGCAGAAAGAACUCUUGGGUGUCUGAGUUGGUUCGGCAUCCUGGCUUCGAUGCAUUCUUUGCAUGUGUUGUGGUGACCAAUGCGGUUUUCAUCGGCAUCGAUUUGGAGGUGAGCUUGAAACAUUCAGAUCCACGACCCUUGGGCUUGCAAAUUGGCCAAUAUUUCUACACGGUCCUUUUCACCUGUGAGUUGGCUUUGCGAAUGUCUGCUGAUGGCUACCAGUUCUUUUGCACUGACGACUGGCAUUGGAACAUAUUGGAUGUUUUCAUAGUCGUCAGCUCAAUCUGGGAAGUUUGGGUCGAUGUCAGCAAUCAACUCCUUCAACAGGAUUUGCAAAGCCUUGCCGGCGCCUCCAGCCUCAAAGCAUUUCGAAUCAUUCGAAUUACUCGCGUUGUCAGAACCGUGAGGAUCAUGCGCCUUUUCCGCUUUGUCAUGGCCCUGCGUACGAUGAUCACAUCUAUUGCCUCGACGUUAAAGUCCCUGUUUUGGGCGACAGUGCUGCUGACGUUGAUCAUUUACGUGUUUGCGGUGCUGUUUGCUCAGAGUGUUAAUGACUUUGAUUGCUCCUCUUUGCAGGACAGGGAGCGCCUGGCUUGCCACAGGUAUUUUGUGGAUCUGCCGACCACAAUGUUGAGCCUGUUCAUGAGUAUUGCUGGCGGUGUCAGCUGGGAAGAAGUCAUCGGUCCACUUGGGGAAAUCUCACCUGCAUGGUCUGGCAUGUUUCUGAUCUACAUAGGUAACGGCGACUUUUUGCCAGAGUACACCAUGAUGCCCACAAUCCCGGAUUCUCAAUGGGGCCAGCCACCUGUUUCUGGACCAGCUGCACCCACAAUGUCCAAGGAGCAGAUGCAAAGGCCUGACCUGCCUGUACAAGCUAUCGUUGUGGUCGACGGCUUGCCCCGAGUCCCCAACAGAAAGCGCUUUAGUGGCUGCGUGGUCCGAGGGUACAACAGUGGUACCGCGGAGCCGAGGGACUUCGCGCCGGGCUACGACGGGGAGACCCCGGAGACGACCUUCCGGCAGUGUGAGAAGCAGGUGCAGCUUUGGGAAUUUGAAGCAGAAGUGGCCAAAGCAAAGCGGGGCGUAAAGCUGCUGCGCCAGCUGACUGGGGUGGCAGCAGUCGCUGUCGACGAGCUUGAGGUGAAGGACAUCGCAUGCGAGGACGGCGUGAAGAACGUCCUCAACAAGCUUCGCGAGUACUUCCUGCCCCACUUGGAAGUGUCGCUGCCACGAGCUUUCGAGACGGCGGCGUAUGGCCCGCAAAGAGGCCACAAAGAGAGCUUCACUGAGUGCACCAAGCGCAUGGAGCGGGCGUUCAUGAACCUGGCGAAGGAAGGGGUGGACUUGCCCUAUGGGUGCAAAGGGCUGCGGCUACAUCAUGUUCCGCUAGGCCGCUCUCAACGAAGCGCAAGAACAACGGCUUCUCACCUGGGCGGAAGGGAAGUAUGGCCGUUCGGAGAUCACGCAUGCGCUCCGAAGGCUGGACAGGUCAUCCGGGACAAGGACAAGGGCAAGAGCAGCUACUGUAUGUCAUGCGUGUCGUGUUCAGCUGGAGGCGUGCAGCAGGGCGACCCGCUUGGACCUCUCUUCUUCGCUGCAGCCAUACAAAGCCUUGCUCAGGAACUUCGGCGUGGCCUCGACAUUGGGAUGUUCUACUUGGACGAUGGGGUCCUCGCAGGCGACGUGGCGGCGGUGUCAGCCGCCUUGCUCCACCUGCAGCAACGGGCUGCCGCCCUUGGGCUUACUUUGAACCUUCGCAAAUCAGAGGUGAUUGCGAUGGCUGGCGCACCAGAUACAGUCCUUCAACGAUACUUCCCCCUAGCGCUUUUGCAAGAUCAAAGUGGGUGCACUCGGGUUGCCAAGCACUUCGAAGUACUUGGGGCACCAGUCGGCGACGACGCCUUCUGCUUUGGUGGCUUGGGCCUCCGAAGCGCAGCUGCAGACAGCGCCGCGGCCUACCUGGCUUCCCUUGGAGGCAGCUCGACAGCAUGCGUAGGGCUGGAUGGGGCCUACACACUGGUGGCAGACAGCCACGCGGCUUCGGCCUUGGCCAUCUACAACAGCCAGCUCGGAACAUCAGAGAAUCUCACCUUGGCGACAGCUCUCGGGAUGAAACAAAAAGCUUUAACCCAGCAGCUGGACCGGGCGUCCUGGACACGACAACUAGCGUCUUCCACCUUGGCCGCCCAAGCAAUCCUGCGAUCUGAAGCUGAGGCGGGAGCUCGCGCGUUCCUGGCCGCGACGCCGAGUGGACGAACGCGAAUGGAGCCAGCUCUCUUCAUCACCGAACUGAGCCAACGCCUGGGAAUGACCGAGGCUAAAGCCAGUGAAGGCUGA